UGUACAGUUCAUGUUUCUACUUAAUGGUGGUUCUUUUAGAAAUAAAGUGAAUUAGAAAUGGAAAAUUUCUUGCCCAGUUCGUCAACUUUAUAUUCACGAGGAAUGGAAAUCAACAAUUCACCAUCCACACCAAUCAUUCUAACUGGGAAUGUGGUGCCACACCCGCAAGAUACGAACACACUUUGGAUGGGCGUCCACGGGCGAGGUUGAUGUCACCAUCUCGGAUUAGGGUCAGGGCUUCAAGAUUUACGGUUUAGGAGUUAUGAUUUCAGCUUCCUGCAUCUGUUGUUGCACCUAGUUUCGUAAAUUCACAUGGUUGUCGUUUACACUUUGUCCGAUAGUGGAAGUUACGAGUUAGGAAUCGAGAUUCCAGGAGGAUAAUGCAGCAACAUCAGGUUAACGAACCGAAGGUGAGGUCAAAAUCUGACUGUACUCUCUCAGGCAUCGUGGAUGCUCGUUCCCAACGCGAAGUAUUCCAAAUUUAGCAUCGAAGCUUCAAACUUACAUUGAACGUAAUUUCGGAAUUCAUCAGCACAAUGUCCUACUAAAAAUGUACACGAUAAUGGUUCCAGGCUCUGAAAAGUACCGUGCAAUCGCAGAAUUCCGAGGCCUGUUGAUGGUGCACGUUGGAUGCCCUUCCAUGAACUGCUGCUGACGGGUGGGCGAUUGCGGAGGUUGUGAAGUUGCAAGUGGAAAGGAUUAGAUUGUAUUAGAGGUGGCAGGGUUGUGUUUUUGCGUUCUCGAUCUGCUAGGUGGCGAGGUUUGUGAGGAUUUGGCCAGAUUUGGAUACGUGCGUGCGACUUGUGGGAUGGAGGUUGGGAAUAGCUGUGUUUGGUGAGGUUUCAUGUCAGAAUGUGAGAGUUGAGGUUGCAGUGCCGGAAUUUGGUGUUCGGCAUUGCGAGGAGCAUGAGAAUCGUGCGGUCGCCGAAGCUCCGCGCACUAUUGUCCAUGAUAUUAGGAAUUCGUCAUUAUGUAGGUGCAGAGAGUUUCUAUUCACUCAUUCUUGGGACUUCGUCGUUGUAGAUUUUGAAUUUGAGGGCCCAUGCAAAGCAUUUCUUUGCCUACUUGAGACUCCCGCUGUUUGGUAGUUUGUGUUGUCAUGUCCCGUGUAUAGGCUUUUGUCAUUGUUUUCUGUAUUUUUAAUUUUCUCGCUCAAUUCAACCAGAUACUUUAGAAGAGCGUCUCACGAAAGCAAUUUGGGCUUCGCAGUCGUUUGUGAGUUCCAUCAAGGGUGAGAAGAAUGACUCAGGUAUCCUGAUUGAUCUUGAUCUUCAAAGCCCUUGCGGUGUAUCCAAGGGUUUUGAAAACCUCGGAACGCCCUAGCCGGCUGUCAGUGACGAGAUAGGGAAUUCCAAUUCUCAUAGCAAUUGUAGCAGCAGAUAGAAAUUGCAGUAGAGGAGGUAGCAUUUGGGAAGCCACCGGCAGAGGAAGAGACGUCCUUGCUAAUGCACGCUGGAACGGGCCAAGCCUCGAUAGAGCGCACGGUGGGCAACAUCUUCAUCUCUACUGUGGGAGCAGGCGUCUUAGGAUUACCUUACACAUUCCGCAGGAGUGACCGGGCUGUUACUACAGUCUCCGUCGUCUGUGCAGCCUGCCUCACUUACCACUGCAUGCUACUUCUGAUAAAGUGCAAUGAUUCGAUUGCCAAGGGCGGAGGAAUGCAAGUCCACACUUAUGGAGACCUUGGACAGAUGGCUUACGGCGCACCCGGUCGAGUGGCAGUCGAUAUUCUGAUCUGCAUAAGCCAAAUCGGGUGUUGCGUAUCCUAUCUUAUCUUUAUCGGGCAGAAAAUUUCUUCUGUUACUAUGGGCGUUACCGACCGCUCCUCCGACAUUAUUUUCAUCAUAUUAGUCUUCCAGAUCAUCCUCUCCUGUGUGCGAUCAUUAGCAUCUCUGGCUCCCUUCAGUAUUUUCGCAGACGUUUGUAAUGUUGCUGCUAUGACACUCGUGAUCAAAGGCGAUCUUUAAAAUCCGAGCGGCUUCCAAACCGUUCAUCCUUACACAACUCUCGGCUCUAUCCCUUUCGCUAUCGGCGUCGCAGUCUACUGCUUUGAAGAAUUCUCCAUGACCCUUACUCUUGAAGCCUCUAUGAAACACCCUAAAAAAUUCCCACGUAUCCUAGCCCUCGAUUUCUUCGGAAUCGCAUCCCUCUACCUCCUCUUCGGCUUCGUCGGAUACUUGGCCUUCGGAAACAAAACCCAGAACAUUAUCACGCUCAAUUUGCUACAGGAUUUGUCCACGAUCUUGGUGAAAUUAGGGCUCUGCAUCGGCCUCUUCUUCACGUACCCCUUCAUGAUGUAUCCAGUGCAUGAAAUUUUUGAGGGGAAGCUAAUGCGAAGCGCCUGGUUCCAGACAAUUGCCCCGCCGUCUUCUCACCUACAUACUCUUCUUCGUAAUGGAGUUCGUGGAGCUUCAGUUAUUGGCACAGCAGUUCUGGCUGUCUCUGCCCCGGGUUUCGCCAUCUUUAUUUCUCUCGUUGGAGGCACUGUGUGUGCUUUGCUCGCGUUUGUCCUGCCGUCUUUGUUUCACAUGCAGCUUUGUGCAGGAAGCUCUUCCAUGCAAUCCCGGAUUGCUGAUAUGGUGCUCACUCUGUGUGGAAUCACGUUUGCUGCUUACAGCAUUUAUACUACUGUUGUGUCUAUAUUCAUGACCCCGUCUUGACGGCAAGUAGCCACGGGAUCAGUAGGUCUUCAAACUUCAAACCCGAGUACACAACAGGCUCGAGAGCCAGAAAUCCCAACUUGGAUCAGACUUGGGAGCUGUAAACCUUGAUUUGACGACAGGUCAGAAACCUUCAAAUUCUAAUUUUUUUCACAUGCUCGAGAGGAAUGUUUCGAUUGACACGAUUCAAGCGGAAGCUAUGUUGAUCGAUGCUUUCAGAAUGUAAUCUUGUAAAGUAAAUCAAGAUUUUAUUCAUGGAGCUCCUGAGAAAAGUGCACACUUAGAUUUGUAUUUGUGGGUGAACUCUUUGUUUGCAGGGUUGUGGAUACUGUCACCUGUUUGUAAUUUUUUAUUACUCAAAAUGAUUACAUAAUUAUUUUUCAAGGUU